AUGACGCAUCAACACGGACACGUGCACGUUCGCCGUCAGCGCAACCAAGAAGAGGACGAUGAUCCAGUUGAGAUAAAGACUGUCCUCGUCACGAUGUCCAACACCUACACUGGCAGAGUCGACUGGAUCACAGUGCAGGCCGAUCCCACGAAGACACUUGUCCCGCCCGCCGUAGCAACAAGACCUCUGUCAAGCGCAACAGACGACGACGAUGAUGAUGACCACACGACAUCCGCUAGAGCCACAGCGACUUCCACAUCGAGGAGGCCUGCGUCUACAACACCAACACACACCACCGGGUCGGAAGUCGAGGAAACGUCGACCGCAAAAGCAACGAAGGACCAAUCUACUCUGCUGGUUGCGACCAAGUCCCCCACUGCCUCUCAUUCGGGCUCGCUGGUUGGUGCCCUGGUGUCUGCCACUGCUUCUGCCACUGCUUCUAUCUCCGCCACCCCUACCUCCGCUGCCUCGGAGAGCGACGGCAUGUCUGGCGGUGCUAAGGCCGGUCUUGCUCUUGGUAUCUUGGUCGGUGUAGCUGCCUUACUUGCGGGCAUUUUGUUUAUCUAUCGCCGCAAGAAGAACGCCAUGGCCGGAGAGAAGGACAACGAGAAGAUUGGCAUGCACGAUGCGCCUGCACCGCUACCUCCCCAGGUCCCAACGGGCGCAGCCGCCGCUGCCCCCAGCAUCCGCACCAUGUCUACCGCGCCCCGCCUCAGCCUUCGACCGGUAACCCAAUUCGACCCCACGUUCAACGAGCAACGCAAGAGUGGAGGGAAUCUGCUUACCAUCGCUGCGGCUGCGGCUGCCGCUCCUGCUGCUGCCGCCGCCGCCGCUUCUCAUGACCGUGCUGCACCUUCUGAUGACCGCUCAGUCAGUGCUUGGGAACGUCGUGGAGCUGCCAGCGCUGAUCCGGCUGUCAACCCAUUCAAUGACCCUCAAACACCUGCCCGCAGUCAAGCCCCAGCAAAUCCCUUCGGUAACAGCGCUGCCGUUGAUUCCGCGCAUGCAAGCAUUCCCGACUCUCCUCCUCAGCAUUCGGCUGCCCCAAGCACUGACCUUGAUGCUCGCGUUGCGUCAGCCCCCGCUCCUACCACUGGAGUCGAUGCAGUGGCAGUCGCUACCGCAAUGUCGAAUGUCCCCAUGCCAGAGCAUGACUUCCCUGCACCCCCUAGCAUGAACAACGCCGAUGGUGUUCCAGCAAGCCCAGCUUGGACAGAAGAUGUCCCUUCGUCACCCGCUAUGGGUACGCCGAUGAUUGCUGGCGCCGCAGGUGCUGCUGGUGGCCGUCCUAACGGUCCUCCUCCUGGUCCUAACAAUGUUCACCGUGUACAGCUUGACUUCAAGCCUUCCAUGGCUGAUGAGCUUGAGCUCAAGGCCGGGUCACUGGCUCGCAUGCUCCACGAGUAUGAUGAUGGAUGGGCUCUGUGUAUCAGCAUGGACCGUACCCAACAAGGUGUUGUACCCAGAACCUGCCUGUCUAAGCACCCGGUCAAGCCCCGUACUGGACCACCUCGCCAAGGACCACCUCCAGCACACAUGCGCGGCCCCCCGAUCCGUUCGCCAAUGGGUCCGGGUGGAAUUCCGCAACCUCGCCCGAUGUCUCCUGCUGACGGCCGCAGCUCGCCUCACCCACCUACCCUGUCACCCGCUAAUGGUCCUAUGUCCCCUGGCCCUCGCUCCAUGAGCCCUGGUCCUCGCCAGAUGCCCCCUCCUCAUAUGCAGGGCCCUCCCCGUAACCGCGCGCAUAGCAACGCUCCCUAUCCUGGCUCCCCUCAGGGACGCGGUCGUUCAAACAGCAACGCCCCGUACGCCGGCCCUCCUCGCUCAAUGUCUCCAGGUCCCUACGGCGGUGGACCCAUGGCCCCUCCGCCUCAGAUGGGUCGCCCAAGGUCAAAUUCCGCUGGCCAGGUCAACGGCGCUCGUCGUGGACCCGCCCCUGGUCCGAGCCCCAUGAAUCCCAAUGCCGGCCCUGGCCCAGCACCGAUGGCCAGUGCUGUCCCUAGCAGGAAGCCGGUUCCUGGUAUGGCCUUGUAG